CACUGUGGUAACGAGGCGCCUGAACAUGGCACAGCCUCUCCCCCAACAUCGAAAUUCGAUUUUCAAAAGGGACAGAAGAAGCCCUUGAGACCAGGCCAGACCUUUCCGGCCGGAGAAUUAGUGAACAAGGUAGGCAUUCGCAUACCUUGGCCCUGCCGUGUAACCGGGGGUCAUGUCGUGGGGUCCGGUCCUGAUGAGAAGCCACACACACACACACACACACACACACACACAAGUAUCGCAUGUCAGAUAUCGCGGGUUUCCCGGAAACCGUUUAUUGGGGGCCAACACCAUGGCGGGAUACGAGACUGCGCGUCAAAUCACCCUGCCGUGUAACGAAUGCCACCAACCUUCACUUUCCCCCCCCCUGACGCGCGGGACACACGUCGUGCUUGCUGCUCGUUUCUUCUUCCUGGGGAGCCCCCCGAUCCAACUAGUCGAUCCCCCAGUUCGUCAGGAUGCAGGGACAUUGUAUUCCCAUUGGCUCGGUAACCCUUUCUUUUUUCCAACUUGUGUUGAAGAAAGAUAUGCAGCUGCCCGACAUCACACAUCGCAUCAUGAACUACUGACCAUUAGUGGAGUCAAGGAAAUCCCACGAGCCUCAUUUUCUUUGUUAUCACUGUGGAAAUUUUGCUUUCUUCUCUUCAGUCUAUGGAAAGCUGUCUCUUGGUCUGAGUGGAAAGAAGAUGGAAUAAUGGUAGAGACCAACUGUCUAAUGCCUUGCCGUCCUCUCUCUCUGGGUGUCUUCCCUGACUUCCCAUUUCUCGCAAUGCAUCGAAUAAAUGCCUCCGACGAAGAUCAAAGCUGCCUGCCCUGUUGCCCGCCGCGCGAUGUACCUUUUCCGACUACCUCUCUUUCGUUUCUGAAAAUGAGGAGAAGGAAAAAAAGAAAUCACAAAGACUUAUCCUCCGCCCUCGCCGAUUUUGGAGUGUUUUUGGUAAGGAAAAUGAAAGAACAAAAGAGACCAAGAGUUGAGAAAUCCAGGGAGGAAAAGUUUAUCCCUGAAGCAGAUGACCAAACCACCCUAUCCCUGCUCUGCCAUGCUGAAUGGUUUCCAUGCCGUUGAUGAUUAUACUCUUGACACGCACUUCUGUGCUGUAGUUCCAUUUCCCGUAUGCGAUCGUUCGUGUACUCAUCGUGAAGAGGAAAGAACAACAAGACUUUUCCCGUUCCAAAUUCCUUUUGGGUCGGUGAUUUUUGUUUUCCGGAAAAGAGGCGCAAAGAAAAUGAAGAAAAGGUAAUUGGUUAACCCUUUUCGUUUCCGCCCUUCAGGAAAGAAAACAUAAGAAAGCCACCCAAGCCAGAGUCCCGUUUCUCCUCUGGCAAACCAAUUUGUUGCAAAUUCAUAAUUCGUGAUACUCGUGGUCGCUUAGGAUCUAGUCCGUGGGGUGCUCCAGGAGGGAGAA